UUGUAAAAGGAUAUGCCAAACACCCUAAUUCUCCUGGAUUUUUCUGUUGCUCUGAAGAAAAGCAGUCGGGUAUAUGCAGUUCUUCAACAGAAGCAAUUAACGCCUGCUAUAAAGAAGUAUUUCACUCUAAUGCUAAGUUUCCUAGUCCACCAGUUAUGGGUUUUGAUAAUUCAAAUGUUGUAAAGCAAUUAUUUAGUGAUGUUAUAUUUUGUCCAUAUACAUUCAGAGAUGAAUAUAAAUCUAUUUUUCAAUGCAAUUCGAAUAAUGUAAGGUCAGUUUAUGUUCAGAAGUUGGAGCACGAGAAAUCUACAGUUCAAGUAUUCAUUAACAAUGCUUUUGCAAAAUUGUAUAGCACUAGUGAUCCUAAUAAAGUUUGGUUAAAUAUUGAUAGAUUUUCAAAUUAUACUGAAAAAGUUCUUUUUGAAUUAGAAUAUUCAUAUACACAACUUGCAUUGAACAAAGCACAUAAUGCACAAAUAGACAAUGCAACAUUACAAGUGCUAUAUAAAUCUGAAUCCUUCCAACCACGUUCAGAAAAUUUUACUGACAUAUUUUGGCAAGUAUUUCGUGAUGCAUUAGAAG